AUGGACAUUGGAAAAAUUCUGGACGUGACGCCGGAGCCGAUUCUCUCGACAGAUGCGGUGAUCAACGCUGCUUCCGACAACCGCAGCAUGGAUUACUGUCUGCCAGUCCAGAUGGCCGAGUUCCAACGAGAACUGACGGACCAGGUGGUCAACCUGCAUUAUUCUGACAUUCUGCGGUUCUACGACACAAUCAGUCCGACACAAAAUCAGUCGUGCGCACCCUCUGAUUGGGCCGAUUCUCUGGGAGCCAUGUAUCAGGACUCGUUACUGGUUGCAACCCAUCCGUACCUGCUGGUGGACCACUACAUGCCCCGGAGCCUGUUGCUGAAAGAAAUCCCCGACAAGCUGGCGCGUACCAGUGCCAAGUUCGCCGUGCUAGGCGACAUUGUGUCACUGCUGGAAAACAAGCAAUACAAUGUGGCUCUGAUAGCGCGGUCAGGAAAGACGUUGGAUUUGGUGGAGGCAUUUCUGCACGGCAAGCCUGUUUCUUUCGAGAGACAUACAGGCCCAUAUCUGAGAGAGCCGUCGGCCAAGCAGCGAGCACACAAAACGACCAUUCAUGUCAUGUCGUCGUCGCUGCUGGAGAGUAGUUACAAUGGCGAUCAUCGUUUUGAUCUGGUGAUUGCCUUCGACAGCACGUUCAACCCAGCAGAGGUGCAUGUGGAGGCUCUACGGAUGCACAAGAGGAACAUUCCCGCUCCCGUGUUGCGUCUGGUAUCAAACCUCUCUGCUGAGCAUGUCGCAUACAGCUUUGGACUCACUGCUAACCCCGAUAGAGUGUUUACGGAAGAGGUGAUUGCAGCUCUAGUGGUGCUGAGAGACAAAUCUGGAACAAUCCCCGCUGAGAUGAAGUCGUUGUACCUGCAGCAGCUUCAGCCAUUGGCCUACUGGUUUGCCGAUUUGUCUCUUCCUUGGCCACUUCCCGAUCUAGCACCCAUUUCCGGGUACUCCAAAUUGGACGUGGAGACCUCAAUGGCCUCGUCGUAUCAUCGUCGAUCGGCCAUUCCUGGAACCGCCAAUGACCCUACGGACAAUUCUUCUCAGCCUUCUAAGCGGUACAAGCUGGACCCUAUCAGCGCAGACCACUUUGCUCCUCCACACGAUUAUGCACAUGGUCGAUGGACAGGUUUGACACAGGGGCUUCUGGAGCAAUACAACUCGCUUGUUGGCCGAGAACGGCAACUAGUGUCGGAAAUCGAGUCGCACAGGAAGCUCGCAACUACGCAGCAGCUCAAAAUGGAGUCUCAACAGGACGAGAUUGCGCGUCAGGUGCGUCAACACGCGUCCUUCGAGGAGACUAUUGGCAAGCUGGAGCGAAAGAUCGAACGAGGAGAAUCAGAUGCGGUUCGAAAAGAGGAGGCAGUUGUUCGAUUGCAGGAUGAGGUUGCUUCUCUGAAGGCUAUUUUGGCUUCUGGAGAGGACGCAGACAUCAAAACCAAACAGCAGGAGGAGAUUCAGGCGCUGAAGACGAGCCUGCAAAAGGCCAAUGCUACUGCUGAUGCUCGGUCCAAUGAGAAUGACUACAUGCGUUCCGAAUACCAAAAGGCAUCCGAGAGCGCGUCCGAGGCGUUGGCGAAGGUGGGAUUGCUUACAACCGAGCUGGCUGAGGCCAACCAGCGUGCCGAUGGUGAGUUUUCUGCCCUCAGAAAGCUCACAUUCGACGAAGAGCGAGAAAUUCGGGAUUCGGAGAUUGCAGAGCUCAAGGUUAAGGUGGAGAACUUGGAGGAGCAGCUCAAGAGACAGAGCGAGGCAGCUCCCAAGACAUCACGUGCGAGGUACGGUGUGAGAUCGAGCUCGGUUCCUAGACGAGCUCUUUCUCCUGCCGAUGGACCUAAUACGCAGUCAGAGUAG